CGCCAAAAACGAAUCAAAACGCAAACUCAUUAUUUGGUUGCACUGGCGUUUGGCUUACCCUGGUCUCGACUACAAUGCCGAAAAUGGGACUCAAAAGCUUAUUCCUCUUCAAAACAUCACCGUCACCACCUUCCAUAAAGCCCUUAUCCCACUCGUUAAUGGACGAAAACGUUGAAACUGCACGCAAUAUCAUUUCCAAAUGGGACCUUAUUCCCGCUUCUCACCAAACCUCUUCUCUCAAACCUACAACCGUUCCUCUUUUCAGCAACACGCGCCAGGAAGCCAAACAGUACCUUAAGGCCGUUGCGAGUUUGCAGUCCACUAUGCAUCACCUCGUCGCACUCGAUUCCUCAUCCGACAGCCUCAUUCAAGCCCAAUUCCUGAUGCAACUCGCCAUGAAGAGGCUCCAAACCGAAUUCUAUCGGAUUUUAGCCGAAAACAAGGACAAUCUCGAUCCUGAAUCCGUCCUUUCCACCGAUCUUCGGAGCAGCAGUGUCUCCGAGGACGAAGACAAUUUUUCCGAGGACGAGUACCGCUUCGCCGGCGGCUCGGUAUCCACCGUCGCCAUGGCGGAUUUGAAAGCCAUUGCGGAGUGUAUGGUUUCCGCGGGAUACAGCAAAGAGUGCCUCAAGAUUUACGUCAUAAUGCGAAAAUCGAUCGUGGAUGAGGCGCUGUAUCAUUUAGGAGUGGAGAGGCUGAGUCUUUCUCAGGUUCAGAAGAUGGAGUGGGGGGUUCUGGAGUCCAAGAUUAAGCGCUGGGUGGGCUCCGUCGAGGUUGCCGUACGAACUCUCUUCCGCGGCGAGAAAUCGCUCUGCGAGUACGUCUUCGGUUCGGCGGAGAGGAAGAUCGCGGACUCGUGUUUUUCCGCGAUUUGCAGAGAUGCCGCGGCGACGCUGUUCGGAUUUCCGGAAAACGUGGCGAAGUGCAAGAAAACGCCAGAGAAAAUGUUCAGGAUGCUGGACUUGUACAACGCGAUCUCUGAAAACGGACAACAAAUCGAGUCCAUCUUCUCGUCCCAAUCAACCUCCUCCAUCAUAUUACAGGCGCGCGCUUCAAAGGCGAGGCUCGGCGAGGCCAUUCGGACGAUGUUAAUCAACUUUGAAUCCGCGAUUCACAAGGAAUCUUCGAAGAUUCCCGUGCCUGGAGGUGAAAUCCACCCGCUCACGCGCUACGUCAUGAACUACAUCGCGUUCCUAGCCGAUUACAAGGACGCGCUAUCCGAGAUAGUUGCCGAUUGGUCGGAGAAUCCAUUGCCGGAGUCUUAUUACCGCAGUGGCGAUCGCGGGGGAAUGAAUCGGUCGUCGGAGAUAGCGGAACGGAUCGCGUGGCUGAUAUUGGUGCUCCUCUGCAAAAUCGAGGGCAAAGCGGAACUGUACAAGGAGGUUGCACUCUCCUACCUGUUUCUCGCGAACAACAUACAUUACGUCGUCGUAAAAGUGCGAACCACGAACCUAGGGUUAAUCCUCGGCGAACAUUGGUUCACGAAACACGAAGUGAGGGUGAAAGAGUACGUUUCUAAGUACGAGAGCGUUGGAUGGAGCAAGGUUUUCAUGACGCCCCCGGAAAAUCCCACGGCGGAACAAGCGAGGGCGAUUUUCGAGAGUUUCAAGUUCGAACUCCAUGAAGCGCGCAGGGCACAAUCCUCGUGGGUCGUACCCGACCCGAAUCUGCGUGACGAAAUAAAAGCAUCGAUAGCUGCUAAGUUAGAACCAAUAUACAAAGUGUUUUUUGAGAAAUAUCAGCUCGGGUCGGAUCCCAUUUUCGGGUGUUUGCCCGAUGAUUUGCAAAGAGAUCUCUCAGAUAUUUUAUCGGGUUGCGUUUCGUCGUUGCCAACUCCUUCUCCACCGCAACGCUUAAAACACCGGUGAUGUUGGAGCAUGCACACGGUUGGGCCCCACACAUUGCUUUUAUUGUUUUUUUGUUAACGGUAAAGGCAAGAAUGUGGGUGGAGUAGAAUCUUAGAUUCGUCUCCGGUGUGCAGAAUGUUUAUUUUAUUUUUAUUUACUUUUUCCGAUUCAGGAAUAAGUUUUAACUCAAUAAUCCCCCAACCUGUGGGAAGGAUAAAGUAUAUUUUGUAAUUUAAAAUCUCACAAAUUUCAAUUUUUUUUU